CAGCUGUUCCAAUAAGGCUACUAGAUUAAAAACUUCUGACGAAAAUUUUGUUUUGAAGCUUUUGUUGAGUGUGCGUUGAAUUCGAAACGGCUGGCCUUGGCACUGGAGAGUACUGCACCGUUCCAAAGGAUUCCGGUAAUGCACGAAACACGGAGCUAACUUAGUGGCCCAAGGACUUCGCAUCAUCGAUGAGAAGAGCAGCUCAUCCCAGCCCCUAAAUCACGUUCUUGGCCUUGUUCGCCACGGUCAACCCGUCUGAUUUCGCGCCCAGAUCUCCUCGCUGCCCCUGGAAGACUCGCGAUUGCAACAUCUGCCGGAGCAUCUUGGCGUGCGUGCGAUUCUCUGAGUAGUCCAUUGUUCUGCGGUGCACCGACUCGGUCCAAUUGAGUCUUGCAAUUCAUCAUGAUGGAGGACGAACAGAUUAACCUGCGCAAUCAGCUGGCGAGGGCGAUGCCAUGGUUUGGCAUGGACAUCGGCGGAACCCUCACCAAGUUGGUCUACUUCGAGCCCAAGGACAUAACGCCGGAUGAGCAGGAUCGCGAGGCUGGCAUUUUGCGGAAUAUCCGACGCUACUUGACCAAAAACUCGGCGUACGGCAAAACCGGACAUCGUGAUACGCACCUACAGAUGGACAAUGUGGAGAUACGCAAAAGACGUGGCUCCUUGCAUUUCAUUCGCUUCCAGACCACGGACAUGGGCAACUUUCUAUCGCUGGCCAAGCAGAAGGGCAUGGCCGAGCUGGUGACAACGGUUUGUGCCACCGGCGGUGGAGCCUUUAAGUUUGAGCAGGAUUUCCGCGACCAGGUUAACAUGAAGCUGGCAAAAUUCGAUGAGCUGGACACGCUCAUCAAGGGCAUUCUCUUCGCCGAUCUGCACAAUCGCACGGAGUGCUACUACUACGAAAACGCACGUGACAUUCUAAAAAGCGAAAAGAAACAGUUCAAUUUCUCGCAACCGUUUCCGUUUAUUCUGGUGAACGUCGGAUCCGGAGUCUCCAUCCUGGCGGUCUAUGGUCCCGACAACUACAAGCGCAUUUCGGGCACAAGCUUGGGCGGCGGUACAUUCCUCGGUCUGUGUUGUCUACUCACCGGCUGCACAUCCUUCGAAGAGGCUAUCCAACUGGCUACCAAGGGUGACAAUAGGAAGGUUGACAAAUUAGUUAAGGACAUUUAUGGCGGCGAUUACAACCGCUUUGGUCUCCCCGGCGAUUUGGUGGCGUCAAGCUUUGGCCAGAUGCACCUCAACGACAAACGGGUUUCAGUAUCACGCGAGGAUUUGGCCAACGCCACUCUGGUCACCAUAACAAAUAAUAUCGGCUCCAUAGCAAGGAUGUGUGCGCUGAAUGAGAAGAUCGAUAGGGUCGUCUUUGUGGGCAACUUUCUGCGAGUAAACCCCAUUUCCAUGAAGCUGCUGGCGUACGCAAUGGAGUUCUGGUCCAAUGGCACAAUGAAGGGUCUUUUCCUGGAGCACGAGGGAUACUUUGGUGCUCUGGGUUGCCUGCUCCAGUUCAACGGCGAGCUGGCAGCCGCCCUUAACGACGGGGUGGAGCAUCCAACCCACACAGCAUCGGAUGCAAGCGAAGUAGCACCGACGUCUUCGUCGGCGGACGAGCCACCAGAAAAAGCGCCAACAAGCAAACACUCCACUAGAUAGUCGCUAUAACCACAUGUUCCUCCCGAGGGCACCCAACGUGCGCCAGCCGAUGUAGUGCAUGUACAGUAGACUUAAGAACAAUAAGGCAAUGGCAAUGACUCUUUGAUCAUGCAGUUUAUCUCGGUAUUUAUCGUAAUUCUUUCUCGGCUUUAGUUGUAACUUGAGGACGCACAAAUUGUAAAUGCAUGAAAUUACUGUACGGAUAAAGUGCCUGCUGGAAAGCAACGAAUUUUGGCCCGAUCAAAUGCCGAACCAAAAUUGAUGUCUUAACUUUUUCUCCGCGUAACAUUGUACCAUGUUACUACCAUGCUAUCUUCGUCAGUUUCGGUAGAUUUUAGUUACUAUUCUACAGUGAUAGAUGUUAGCUCUCGGAAAAGUAUUACAAAUACUUAAUAACAGAAACGCAAUUGAAAAUAGUCUCGCGCGCAACAAAAUAAAGAGCAGGUAUAGCAUCCACCUAAUGAUUUGCCCUUGUCCUUUGACAAUAUUCAUGCAUUCUUUUAAGUUAUUAUCUUUUUUGUACAUGCUUUAAGUGGAUGUUUAAAGUUUUCUUUUUAGAAUAUAAGUUUGUGGUCAUGUUAUUAUAGGAACCAAUUUGUCGGCAGGUCAAUAAAACUUGUUUUACACAAUCUGA